AUGGCGUCUGUCGAUACGAAUAUCCCAUGGCAAGAAAGAGUGGUCAAAAAGCAACAGGAAAAUUUUGAAAAGAUUCCGUCAACAUGGAGAAUUCCCAAUGCUUUCUGGGACAACUUCCAAACACCUUUAGCAGAACACAAAGUCGAUCUAGUCCAAGAACAAGCCAUUCGCAAGUCUGGAAUUCUCACAGACCGUGAACUCGAAAUCACUGAGAACUAUACAGUUUCUAGUCUUCUUUCUGCCUUGGCAAGUGGGCAGUUGACUUCUGCAGAGGUGACACUGGCUUAUUGCAAGCGUGCUGCAGUUGCCCAACAGUUGGUUAAUUGUCUCACAAACACUAUGUUUGACGAAGCACGGGAAAGAGCGGAACACCUGGACCGUUUGCGAGCCCAGGGUCAACUGGCUGGCCCACUUCACGGUCUCCCGAUUAGCAUCAAGGACAAUUUCCAUCACAAAGGUACUGAAUCUACCAUUGGGAUGCUAUCGUUCAUGGGUGAAAUUUCACCAGAAAGCUCGCCUCUUGUACAAAUUUUGCUAAAGCUUGGAGCGGUGAUCUAUGUGAAAACCAAUGUGCCUCAAACCAUGAUGACGACCGACUCUCACAAUAAUGUUUUCGGGCGCACCCUCAACCCAAGAAAUACUCAAUUGGGUCCUGGUGGUUCAAGUGGCGGCGAAGGGGCUUUGAUAGCCUUGAGGGGCUCGCCAUUGGGUGUUGGAACUGAUAUUGGUGGAUCUGUCCGCAUCCCAGCCCUAUGCUGUGGAACAUAUGGAUUCCGACCCAGCGCUGCAAGGAUUCCGAACGGAGGAAUGCGAGUUUGCACUACCAGUGGAAUGAAGUUUGUCCUGUCUUGUGCGGGUCCACUUUCUUUGGAUCUAGAUGGCAUAGAGACAUUCUUCAAGACACUUUUUGAGGCCCGCCCCGCCCUUUACGAUUCCACUAUCUUGGACAUUCCAUGGAGACAGGUUUCCACAAAGCAAAAGCUAAGAAUCGGAGUUGUUCCCGAAAGCCCUAACUUUCCUCUACAUCCCCCUGUCAAAAGGGCACUAGCAGAUGCAACCCGCAUACUAAAGGCACAGGGCCACACGAUCAUUCCAUUAAAUUCGGCGGAAUGUCGGGUCAUGGAGGCUACCGAGAUCGCUUUCGGCACCUUCGCUCUUGACCCAGGGGCAAGAAACCACCUUGAAUCAUCCGGAGAUCCCCCCGCAGAAAUACGCGAGGAGUAUAGGAAAUUGUGGCUUGCAAAUGACCUUGAUGUUUGUAUCGCACCUCCUGCCCAGAGUACUGCUGUUCAGCACGACACUUUUGGAUUGCCUCCAUACACGGCAUUUUUGAACACUCUUGAUUUCCCGUCGUGCAUUCUUCCCUUUGGGCACGUGGGUGCAGAAGAUGCAGCUGGGACUUAUGAGCUAAAGGAGCACCAAGUUGGUCCGGAAUACAACUUUGAAGUGCUCAAUGGUGCACCAUGCUCUAUUCAACUGUUUACUCUCAACAUGCGUGACGAAGAAUGCUUGCAGAUAGCGAAGCAACUUGAUCAAGAUCUCAAAGGUAGGGCUUGA